UCGACACAGGAAGUGAUGAAGGGGGGGCUUUACACUGUGCUCAGUCUCACCACGCUUUCCAUCACAUUACCCUUUGAGAAAGCGUUCACUUCCCUGUUUUGGCUGAGUGCUCAGAUAAACCGCCACACUGCUUCACAAAGCUUGUCGAGAUGUUUGGGUGAUUUCUUUGUUCUUUUCCUAGAAUUUAAACCUACAGCAUUUGGACAACUUACGGACAAUCUUCAACAUAAUGUUCAAGAUUUCAGGAUGAACCUGGAUCCAAACUGCUCCAACAUGUCGGUGGAUUCUGGUGCUGUGAAGCUGGAGCAGGGACCCGUGGAGUACCGCAUGGCAGGCCUGGUCUUCUACUGCUUCAUCUUCGUCAUCGGCGUGAUCGUCAACCUCGUUGCUUUGUGGGUGUUUUCUCUCACCACCAAGAAGAGGAACUCCGUCACCGUCUACAUGAUAAACGUGGCAGUGGUGGACCUGACCUUCAUCCUGCUGCUUCCCUUCAGGAUGGUCUACCACCAACAGGACUACUGGUACUUUGGAGACCUGUUCUGCAGGAUCACGGCGGCGCUGACCAUCUUCUACCCCUGCAUGGCUCUGUGGCUGUUUGCGCUCAUCAGCACUGACCGCUACAUGGCCAUCGUGCAGCCAAAGCACGCCAAAGAGCUGAGGAACGUCCCCAAAGCCGUGGUGGGGAGUUUAGGAGUGUGGCUUAUGACUCUUGGCAGCACCGUGCCUCUGCUUUUCUCAGGAGAAGACCCCGACCGCGCCUCAAACUUCACCACCUGCAUCAAAAUGCAAGACAUCAUCUACAUGCGCCAAGACAACCUCGUCAACUUCGUGCGUCUGAUCUUCUUCUUCUUGGUCCCCAUUUGCAUCAUGAUUGGCUGCUACAUAGUCAUCGUGGACAAUCUGAUCCAUGGCAGAACCUCUAAACUCAAGCCUAAAGUGAAGCAGAAGUCUAUCCGCAUCAUCAUCACGUUGAUCAUCCAGGUGUUGGUGUGCUUUGUGCCGUUCCACGUGUGUCUGGUUGUGCGUUUGCUGGGAGACGACGAAGAUGGCGGGUUCAGCACAUGGGCGGUCUUCACCACUUUCCUUAUGAACCUGAGCACCGUGUUGGACAUCAUUCUGUACUACAUAGUCUCCAAACAGUUCCAGGACAGAGUGAUUAGCGUGAUUCUGUACAGGAACUAUCUGCGGAGCGUGAGGCGGAAGAGCAGACACACGCACACAGGCAGCAUCCGAUCGAUGAGCAACCUGACCAGCGCGAUGAUAUGAAACCAAACAUGAAACUUUCACACCGGUGUGUACUGCACGCUCGCUUUGUAACACUGAAUGCAUCACUGUGCACGGGGGUUUAUUAUCAAAAGGAUCAAAACUUGCAAUUAAUUUCUGAGGUGUAAUUUACACUCACAGUAUGGGAGUGCUGCUGUUGUGGCAAAAACAUCUGUGUUCAGAGCUGAUUGACUCACCCAGGAGACUGGAGAUGUUUUUUGUGCAUCUUUGCUCUGGCAGACAAAGCACGAGUGUCUGAGGCUCAGGUGUAACACAUGCAGGCGAAAAUGAAGCUUAUAAUCAUUAAAAAAACAUCCCAGCCCACAGA